GCGUCAGCGGGGGACGUGACGUAAGAGUACGGCGCCGUUUCUGACUGGAAUGGGAGCUGGCGAUGCCUGGAUUUGAUUUUUCAGAUAUUUUGAUCGUUUAAUCUGUGAAUGGCGCCUAAACAGGACCCUAAACCUAAAUUUCAAGAAGGUGAAAGAGUGCUGUGUUUUCAUGGGCCAUUACUCUACGAAGCUAAGUGUGUAAAAAUAAACAUCAAGGACAAGCAAAUCAAAUACUUCAUUCAUUACAGUGGGUGGAAUAAGAAUUGGGACGAAUGGGUUCCUGAAAGCCGAGUGCUUAAGUAUGUGGACAGUAACCUGCAGAAACAGAAAGAGCUUCAGAGGGCUAAUCAAGACCAUUAUGUGGAAGGAAGAAUGAGGGGAGUUGCACCGAAUAAGAAGAUCCCUGCUGCAUCGCAGAAAAAUGAUGUGAAAACCAAAAAGAACAAACAGAAGACUCCAGGAGCAGGAGAAGGGACAAGCUCUGGGGGAGACCCUGCCCACCCUCCACGAAAGAAGAGGGCACGUGUCGACCCAACUGUUGAAAGUGAGGAGACCUACAUAAAUCGAGUGGAGGUUAAAGUAAAAAUCCCUGAAGAGUUGAAACCAUGGCUUGUGGACGACUGGGACCUGAUCACACGGCAAAAGCAGCUUUUCCACCUGCCUGCCAAAAAGAACGUUGAUUCAGUUCUUGAAGAUUAUGCAAGCUACAAGAAAUCAAGAGGAAACUCUGACAGCAAGGAAUUUGCUGUGAACGAGGUGGUUGCUGGCAUCCGGGAAUAUUUCAACGUCAUGCUGGGGACACAACUUCUCUACAAAUUUGAGAGGCCACAGUAUGCAGACAUCCUGGCCAACCACCCGGACACAUCCAUGUCUCAAAUCUACGGGGCUCCUCACCUGCUCAGACUCUUCGUGAGAAUUGGAGCCAUGCUGGCAUACACUCCGCUGGAUGAGAAGAGCCUGGCCCUGCUGCUCAGCUAUCUCCAAGACUUCCUCAAGUACCUUGUAAAGAACUCUGCAUCACUCUUCAAUGCAAGUGACUAUGAAGUUGCCCCUCCAGAGUACCACCGCAAGGCAGUUUAAGGUUUAUUAUAGUAGGAAUUGAGGUUUUUUUCUGAAGUUUGGAGAUGACGUUCUCGCCUAUUUGGAAGGAUGCAAUUUUACAAAAAGCCUUUGGAGAACAGCUCAUGGGAGGUCUCUGUCGAUUAUUAAGGAUUUAUAAGAAUCAGUCCAAGAUGUCACACUAAUCCCUGGACAAAAUAUUUACUUUCAUGUGGAAAGCUGCUGAGAACGCUGUUCCUGUAUUGGUAUGUUCUUGAGUACCACUUUUUAGUUUCUAUGAUACUGGUUUUGUCUGGUGUUUACCAAGAUCUUUUGAAAAGGAAUUCCAUGUUUUUGUUUUUUUUUUCCUGUAUGGUUCAAAUGCUGGCUGAAAUGGUCUCGUUGGCUGUUGUCAUUUUCUAAUAAAAGUUUUUCAUUCUGUAUCUGA